AUGAGAACCUGUCGUCCCGAGUCUCAGUGCUAGAUUCUGUGUUCCACUGCAGAGCUAAACAGGUAAAACAUCAGCCAUGAACGAUGAUGAUGAUUAUCAGUAUAAACUCUUCCUUGAUCUGCUCAACGAAAUAUCCAACACGACUGAGCCCAGUUAUGUCGUCAGUAAAACGGUUCAGCUCUGCACAAAACAAUCUGUCAACCAGUUUGGUGCAAAAUUCAUCCCAGUGUUUUACUACGUCAACUUCCUCCUGAGUUCCAUUGGAAACGGGCUCGUCUUGCUCAUCAUCUGCAAGUAUGAGAAGCUGAACACAGUGACAAACAUCUUCCUCCUGAAUCUGGUCUUCUCCAACCUUCUCUUUGCCUCAAGCCUGCCUUUUUGGGCCACGUACCAUCUUUCUGAGUGGAUUUUUGGCCUGGCUCUGUGUAAAAUGGUCAGUAGUGCCUACUUUAUAGGUUUCUACAGCUCCAUCCUCUUCCUCACACUCAUGACCUUUGACCGAUACCUGGCAGUGGUGCACGUGGUGGCAGCUACAAAGAGCAGGAAAAUGGUGUAUGCCGUCAUUUCUUCUGUGGUCGUUUGGUGCAUCAGCAUCGCAGCAAGUGUGAAAGAGCUGGUCCUUCGAAAUGUGUGGCAAAGCCCAGUCGAUGGUCUGCUGUGUGAAGAGUCUGGAUUAUCAGCCAGCACCAUGGAACGCUGGCGCCUGCUCAGCUACUACCAACAGUUCCUGCUCUUUUUCCUCAUCCCUCUAAUAAUGGUGAUGUACUGCUACAUCAGCAUCACGGUGCGCAUACUGUCCACCCGCAUGAAGGGGAAGUGCCGCACCAUUAAACUGAUUUUUGUCAUCAUCUUCACCUUCUUUAUCUGCUGGACGCCGUACAACGUCGUCAGUUUCAUCCGAGCGAUCCGCAUGUCCCAGUCGAGCGUAGACGAAGAGUCCUGCUCAGACUCAGACAACUUAGAUUAUGCUUUUUAUGUGAGCCGGAACAUUGCUUACUUAAACUGUUGCAUCAGUCCUGUGUUCUACACGUUUCUGGGAAAGAAGUUCCAAAAUCACUUCAAACGGCUGAUGGUUAGGAAGAUCCCCUGUCUGCAAAGUCAAAUCAGCCUGAGCAGCCACAGCACUAAGACCACAUCCCAGAAGACGCCACACUCUCUGUAUGACUACUAACAGACAUAAAACUCAUCAUCUGCCUUCUGAUUACUGUAAAAAUACAUUUGCUUUAUUGUUUUUUAAAAUGUUUUAUCCUAAUCAUACUUAUAGACCUAAAGCCUAGUCCGGACUUGCUGACCUUAACUCUGAACUGGUUUCUGUCUUCAGCUCUAAAAUUAAGCUCAAGCUUUCAAACAGCCUAAGAUCGUCACUUUGUGCUUUUUCAUUUCACAAUAAUCUGUCAAAUUCAGGACUGGGGUGGUGGUCACUGACCCGUCUGUCACCUGUAAGCCACUUCUACCUUCAGGAACCUGCAGGUUCACAACACAGAGUCAAAACAACCAGUUUAGAAGAAUAAAAAUUUGAUUUUCAGUUCGUGAAAACUUAUCUGUAGAUACAAUGAUGUGAACAUAAUGUUGUUUGUGGAAAAAAAAAGAGUUGCAUUUAUGAAGUGAAAUUACUUUCAUGUUUUUAAACUGUGUAAACUGAUGUUUUCUGUGAUAUAACUCCUUUGAAAUAAAUGUAUUUUUUCGCUGUU